CACCAAUAAAAUCAAAACACUUCAAUUCUUUUUCACUUAUAUAUCAAUCAUGCUCAUGUCACAUAAAUAUUUAUAAACUAAAUAAUUCAUUUACAUAAAAUUCAUUUCAAUUAAGUUGACGAUGCGAACAUAGAUGGAUGUGACAACAACUUUUCGCGUAAAACAGGCAUCGCUGAAAAGCUCGCCAUUGUGGACGCAUCUGAUUGCGGGCGGAGUCGCGGGUGCUAUAUCGCGUACCUGUACGGCACCAGCAGACAGAAUUAAGAUAUAUUUGCAGGUGCAAACUAAGAAGACAAGCUUCAUGGAAUCCGUACGACAUUUAAUUCGGGACGGUGGUGUACUAAGCAUGUGGCGUGGUAAUGGCAUAAAUGUUUUGAAAAUUACACCCGAAUCUGCAAUUAAAUUUGCUGUGUACGAUGAGAGCAAGCGAUUUCUACGUGGCGACGAGUCACGCUCCUUAACAAUGGGUGAGCGUUUUGUAUGCGGCGCUUUGGCGGGUAAUGUCUCACAAACAUUCCUUUAUCCGAUGGAUGUAUUGAAGACGCGACUGGCGCUAGUUAAAACCGGACAAUAUUCCGGAGUCAUACAUAUGAUAAAGCAUAUGUUCGAACAAGAGGGCAUUCGUUCUUUCUACCGUGGAUACAAUGCAUUCGCUGUUGGUAUUAUGCUUUAUUGUGGCAUUGAUCUGGCCGUUUAUGAAACGGCUAAGCAUGCAUAUUUGGGAUACAAAGAAGCGGAAAAUACAUUGAAACCGCUCGUGAUAUUAAGCUGUUGUACACUCUCAAGUACCAUUGGACAAUUAUCAACCUAUCCACUGGCGUUAUUGAGUUCACGACUUCAAGCUAAAACUGUUUUUAGAGAUGAAGUUCCGAGCAAAAAUUUCAUAGAUAAAAAUAUGGUGCUGCUAUUAUGGCGGAUUCGUCAAAAAGAAGGUAUAACUGCCUGGUACCGUGGUUUACUUCCAAAUUUUAUGAAAUCGGUUCCUUGUGUUUGUAUCACUUACAUUGUGUAUGAGUACAUGAUAUCUCUUUUAGGUUAUAGUAUGAUAUGAUAUUAUAUUUUCUAGUAUAUAAAGUUACGAAUACUAAGCGACAAACAUGCAUACAAUAUAUAAUGUCUAUUGAUUUUUCUGCUCUAAGAACAUGUCCUAAACAGCAAACGACUGUUUGUAACAUCUAAUACUCAACGAGAUUGACAUAGCUUUUGUCCGGAUCAAAAGAUCAGGUACCAAACAAAAAACCAUAUGUAGCUCUGUUCUAAAGUACUAGCUGAGUAUCAAAUUAUCGGACUCAAAGUGACGCUGUUUUGCUAUGUUACAAAAUCUAUUACAACAACAGCCGUUAAUCAAGGUGUUACAAGAUGUGAUCAAUGAUGUUACGUAUACGCAAUGACGGUCCAUUUUCUAAAAAAAUACAUACUUAGGCUCAACCCACACCGGAUUAGUCAAAAAUGUCUUUGACCAAUAAGACACAAAAACGUAUUUUGAUCUGGCCCAAAACAAGCGAACAUGCAUUUUUGUCCCGCUGAAAAAUUUUCCCAGGUUUCCACAACUGUCAGCCACAAUGCUGUCAAUUUUUAUUACUAUGUUUCAUUUAGUUUGUUUACGGCGUCAUUAGGAACAAGUCAACCAUUUGUGUGCGUUGCGAUUUUUAUAAGCCCCUCUUUGAACGAUUUAUACCAAUCGUGAACUUGAGUUUUCGACA